AUGAGCCGUCCUUAUUUGGUGGUGUGCCCUCCUCCCCCCCACCCCCCACCCCUCCUGAUCCACGCCGGUCCCCCGGGAUCUCCGGAGCCUCGGACCCCGGGAGAAGGAGCUCUCCGCUGGGACAGAGGAGCCAUAAAGAGCCGGGGAGGGGAGGACAAAAGCUCCCAGAAGGACACUUUGAUGUUCUCCAUCCAGGACAGCCUCCCCCGGGGGGCCCUGACCAUGAAGGAGGAGCCGCUCCCCACCGGCAUGACCCCGGUCCGCUCCUGGAUGCAGGGCGCGGGGAUUUUGGACGCCAACACAGCGGCCCAGAGUGGCGUUGGUUUGGCCCGGGCUCACUUUGAGAAGCAGCCGCCGUCCAACCUGAGGAAGUCCAACUUCUUCCACUUCGUGCUGGCGCUGUACGACCGCCAGGGUCAGCCCGUUGAGAUCGAGAGGACUUCCUACGUCGACUUCGUGGAGAAAGACAAGGAGUACAACGGAGAGAAGACCAACAACGGGAUCCACUACCGGCUACAGCUCCUCUACAGCAACGGCAUCAGGACAGAACAGGAUCUGUUCGUUCGGCUGAUUGACUCCAUGACCAAACAGCCCAUCCUGUACGAAGGUCAGGACAAGAACCCUGAGAUGUGUCGCGUCCUCCUCACCCACGAGAUCAUGUGCAGCAUUGCUAACAUGGCUAUUAGCUUUGAUGGCACUCUCCCUUCCACCGCGCCACAUGCCGCAGCGACCUUGGCGUUUUCCAGCGGCACGCCCGGUGCCAUCUGCGGGCGGCAGGCUUGGGCAGUAAAGCAUCGCGACCCCGAGCUUUUUGGGCGCAGUUACGCCUCCGCCAGGGGCCCCGGCCAGAUGGCACUACCCACUAAGAGGGGUUUUACUGCGCUGCUGAAGGAAGGCUGA